CUCCAGGCUGUCAGCAAUGCUUUUAGCAAUGGCAGUGCAGUCUCUAAUGCGGCUGAGCGCAUAUUUAUUCUUAAUUGUGUUCUUAAACCAUGCUGGCAUAUUGAUUGCAGUUGGUCUUUUCAAAUGUGAAUUUCCCGUGUGCGAGCAAUCAAACAGAUAAUGAUCUGGGUCACCAAUACUGCCACAAAUACAUUGGUCACUCUCUCUUAGGCGAAAUCUGUGAAGAUAGGACAUAUAUGGGCCAUGCCCUGUCAAAUACUGUGUGAGGUGCGAAGAACUGCUAUUUAAAUUGUGGUUAACUUUUGGUUGGAAAUCAGACAGUCUUCUGCCUGUGGUGCUUUUCUCCCAGUAGUUUUGCCACUGCUUCAUUAGUUCACAUUUGAGAGUAGAUUUCAGAUACAAGUGCGGAAGGGGCACACCAAUGCUAUUCACGUGGGGUUCAUUGGCUGCUCCCUUCGCAAUCAUAUCCGCUGCUUCAUUUCCUUUAAUCCCCGUAUGGGCUGGAACCCAUUGUAGCUGAGGCCUCGGACUUUCAGGAAUCGAAAUUAAUAGUUUUUGUAUGUCUCUGAGAAUGGGACGUCUACUGCGGCCGCCUUUCCUCCUAAGUAUCUAAAAAAUGACAAAAAUAAUGAAAUUCAAAUUAACUGCAUAAGCCAUACGAUAGCUGAAAAUCUGAGAGUCUGAAAAUUACCCAUGGCACUCGACUACUAGUUUUCCACUUAAGAAUGAUAUUUUACGAAAUUAAUUACCGGUUGUCAUACCUAUGAACUUCCCACUCUAGUCAUUGCAACAAAACAGCAAUUUAAAGCACUAUGAUUGUGACGUUUCUUGUCAUCGUUUUGCUGUAAAUAUAGCACUGCUGCGCUCAUAACCAGAGAAAACGGAAAACAAUGAACUGUAAAACUGUGCCUUAAAAUUUAUAAUCCAGUUUGUUUCUACAUCUCUGUGCUUUAAUAACUCAAAUAAAAACAAAAUAUUAAAAUCGACUUGAUAUGCGUGCUGACCUAAGACUUAAACUUACCAAUAUACAUCCAGACACAGAACAGUUGUGUAAGAAGAGGAUUCGCAUCCUUCUUAUUAAUGUGAAUAUCAGCAUUUAUUUCAUUUUCGUUUAAGAAGAUAAAGAUUAUUCAAAUUCUAAUAUUCUUGAAUUAUUAGAAACGUAAUGUAAAUUUUCUUCUAUUAAUUUAAUUAUUUAAUUUCGAUAUAAAGUUAAAUUAAAUUUAGGUACUUAAUAUUUUAAUAUAUAAGUAUAGUUAUAGUGAUGUUUGUUAAAAAAUUGCUUUCUAAGAGGACAAGAAUAAGGAGGUCAGAAAAAUAUUCUAACUUAUAAAAAUGGACCCGAUUUGUAAAAGGUUUGAGAAACACUGUAUAAUGAAACCAAAGAUUUUAUAAAUUCUUCGAAGAAACGCCGUACCUACUUAUAAUAAAUUAUAGGGAAUGAAUUUCAAAUCUGUGUUGGAAUUUCGAGAAACUGAAUGUCACGAACAAAGCACUUUUUCUUUUAAGACGUUGGUUGCUCGCAGUCAGUUUCUCGUAAGGAGGAAGGUAAACAUGUCGUAAGAGGAAAAUUAGAGGUGCUUACUUUCUGGCCUCAAGCUAAGGGUACUUUGAAAGGCUUAAGUCUCUGUGUUUAAGACGCUGUGGAUGAUAGUUUCUUCACUCCAAGGUAAGUCCAGGGAGAUAGGGAGAGCUGAAUAAUAAUAUUUUACUAUAUUUUUCACCACUUUCUAUAUAUUUUUCCUCUUUACCUUAAAUAUAUUUUUAAAUGUAUGCAGCUGGUGUAAUGUGGUAGGAUAUGGUUAUUUUUUUAACUUUCAAUUUUCCUUUGCUUCAAAAUAUAAAUUAAAUUCUUCAGUGCCGAAAAUUUAAACAAUAUAAAUAUUAAUAAGCUGACUGAGACUUUCCUCUCGAAAAAUUUUACUUAAAAGUAAAAAUUACAAGAGGAAAGAAGUUUCCAUUUUAGCUUCGUCUUGAUGUGAAAUAAUUAUAUCUCAUGAAUCGGAGAAAAUCACCUUUGUACUCGAAUUUGAACAACACGAUAUAAAAGGUAGGUGACUAGUUUUGUAAUUAUAUUUGAUUAAAAAAGAAAAUCAUCAAAUACCCAUUUACUAAAACAAAUACUUGUAAUGAAUAGGGUGAAAGUGUUCAGAUAUAUGUAAUAUAUACUUUAUGUCUUCAAACGUAGUAUGUAACCAGUUGAGGGUAACUCUCAUAAAGUGUUUUACCUUUCACAAUGAAGUGCUGAUAUCAUUGCAUGGGACAGUCUUUAAGAAGAUUCUGCUGUGGGCUCUAUGCAUCUGAAAUUUCGAUUUCAUUUUGACUAAAUAGAUUGUUUUCAAUAGUUUAGAGACUUUAUUAAUUUCUUGUUAUUGAAAACAUAUCAAACGUAUAAUUUUGACCUAUCUUUGGUUUCAUGUAAUUCUGUAGUCUCUGAAAUCUCAAAGCUACAUACGUACGCACUUUCUCCAUAACACAUAUUUAGGUUCGUUACAGCGCUUUCUAUGAUUUCGUAAUCAAUGUUUGAACUUCAUCGAAUCAUUUUUCUUAUUAAUGAAUGAGACAAUUUAAUAUGGCCGUUUUGCUACCAAAUUGCAUCAGGGUGACCCAAUUUUUCUAUCGUAAAGUAUUCAGGGAUCGAAGUUCAGCAGAGGCUUCCAGCGCAAUACGGGGACAAUGAUUUACCACACAGAAAUGUAUAUAAAUGGAUCGGUAAGUGGCCGAACAAGCCUGAUUCAAAAUUCAAGAAGGUGAAGCAAGACGUUUGUCAACCUUCAGCUUUCAUGAGAAUAAUCAUUAAGCUCAAAAAUGGUAAUGGAGAACUGUUGAAUUGGUAUCAAAAAGGAGCAUGUGAUCGGCAUAUUAGUCACGGCUGAAUUCAGAAGCCUGUCGCAUGAGAAUGCGAAAUCACCCAGUUAUGCCAGUCUGCUUAAAUAAUGAUUAACCAUUUGGAUUUCAAGAGUCUGAAACACUUUGCAUAUAGCCAAAAUCUUACCUCUUCCGAAAAUCCUCUCUUUGGAUCUUUCAAACAUGCUUUACAAGCUCGUCGAUUAUGUACUUUUAAAAAAUGUCGAAAGCGAUACAUAAAUGCUUACUUGUCCAAUAAAAGGGCUUUUUUUAAGGGAACAUAUGAAGACUAAGUGGAUCAUAAAGGGCAGAGACUAUACAGAAAUAACAUACUUGCUCAAAACCUUAUUUUGCGGAAAUAAAUUGAAAACAAAAGAGCGAAAUUUUUUUACUUUCCCUCUUACAUUUAAAAAAAGGUGUUAUUUAGAUUAUUUUAAAGCUAUAUGGCCUGUCUUUACAUGUGUAUUGAAAAUGUUUUCAAAUUCCCGUAUAGAUACAAUAUGGAAGAAGACAAGCUUGAAAUGUCUGCGUGUAAAGGGUAGAGGCGGCUUUCUAGCUGUAUCAACUUGUUUCCCUGAAAUGAAAGAAAUGGACCUCGUCUGUAGUUCCAGUACUUUACCCCCGGUAACCAGUAAGACCUCUGGUGUGACAUACGCUAAUAUCUUCUGUGCUGUUUGCAACUAUGAUUAUGAUUUGCAGUAUUGGAAUGUCGAAUAUAGGUGUGAACAGCAAAAUAUUCCAAAAGAUCUGUCUUCGUCCAAAUGGAGGCCUCAGGAUCAUGGUCAAAUAACUAUCUCUCAGAAGAAGCGGCACUGCGAGUAUUACUCUCAAAAUAAUGAUUUCACACUUCUCGACAGUUUAGAAUUGAGACCUUGCAUUUUGACUGCAGAAAUCUUCCGCUGUUCUCUUACAUGGAGAAAUCUUUCUGUAUCUCAACUGUGUGAGUCUUAUUCGGAUCCUGUUUAUGUAAAUGGUAAGCUGUACAAGAACCUGCAUUGUGCAGAAUGCAAUUAUGAAAUUUUGACAUCGGCUAAAUGUCAACCAGCGAUUGUCGAAACUUUGUUAGCUACAGGGAUGACUGCUGCAGAAAUUUUGCAGCUGUGUAAAGAAGAAGAAUUUGAGGACUGUUUAAAUUAUAUACAUGAUGCUGGUCGUGGUAAAAGAAUUCCUUUACGUUUCAUAUUCAAUAUACAUGGGAAAAUGUGCUUUCCAGAGCCGAAUAAAAUCUGCUGCGAAGGAGAAAAAUACGAUCCACGAUCUGGACUCUGUCGCCCUUUUAUUCCAGGAAAUCCUCUAACAUCCUAACUAAAUAAUAUAUAAUAGUAUAACUAAAUCCUCUAACCGAUGGGUCACAUUUUAAUUUCAGAUUAAAGUGUAGUUGCCUUCUGUUAUCUUGCUUUAAAUAAAUAGUUCACAAUUAAAGAACUAACGAACCAAAAGUUAUUCCAAAAAAAAAAUUAUUUCUUUAAAGAAAUAUUUCCAUUUAAAUAAGAAUGGCUUCUGAGCAUGGGAAUAAAAAGGAGGGAGGAUAGAAUAAAAAGUAAUUUUAAAAAGGCAACCAAGCUUUCAGACAGUUUAUGUCGACAGUUUUUCGUCAAGCCAGUAAGCGGAUUGAGUAAUAGAGUGAAAACGUUUGACCCUAGUAAUUUGAUUCGAGUUCAGAUCUCGAGGAACGAGCUGGCUGCAUGGACAUUUUCGAGGUUUUCCCAGUCUGUAAUCUGAAUACGAGCCAGUUUAGUUCAAAAGACACACCGUGAAGGCUAAACCUCUACACAGAUAGCCCUCGUGUGCUUUGCCAAGGUAUAAAUAAUUCAAUACAAAUACUAAACUGAGACUAAACAAUAUAUAUUCGGGGUUACAGAAGUGAGCCAAGCGCUACUUAUUAAGGUAAUGACUAAAUUUCUGCGUUAAUUACACUACAAAAUUUUAAUAAUUAAUUUAGCAAAAUAAUAUUAUUCUGAUAAGAAAAAAUAGGCUGUCAAGUAUUAUAACUAGUAUAAACUAUGCCUUAGAUUAACACACAUAUCAGAAUAACUUUGCAAUAGAAAAAUUUUUCUCUAAAGCAUUUAAAAAAAUAUUGUCAGCUGCACGCCGAAGUUACGAAUAUGAGGUUUUGCUAUAUUUUGCUGUUUCACUCUAUAUCACUAACGGAAGCUUAUAUUUCAGACAAAUGUAAGUAUUACGUAGUUAUUAUUACUCUACAUUUUUAUAAAAACGAUGUUCACAAUUAAACUCGCUGCAAUAAUUUUACUGAUUCGUAGUGCUUUUCUCGAUGCAAUAAUUUUGCUGAUUCGUAGUGCAUACAUAGGUAGCUAUACAGUGUAUUUGUUUUAUCAGUACUCACAAAUAAUAAACAGAUUGUAUUGAUUAAAAGAGCAAUGAAUAUAAGUUUUAAUCACAUAGAAAAAUAUUUUACCGUUGUGUCCUUGAAAGCAAUUAUUGCGUAAUGCAACCUUGGUAAUUAACAUGAAUAUACAUAUAAGGGUUAUAAUAAAGAUUCAAGAGUUUGUGCCUGGAAUUAUUUUCAAACUUUUUGGCUAGAAAUAACUUACGUUUACUGGGAUGUGCGCUGAAAACCAUAAACACGUUAGUCAAAAUUAUUCCUAUUAUUAUAUUCAUAGUUUUAAACGAGGGUGUUUGAUGCAGGUCUCCGAUUCCAGAAAGCAGUAGAAGGUUAGCUUAACCCUCUGAACGUUAUGACCGGCUUUAUCCGGUCAUCAGAAGUUUUGCUACUUGGCAUAUAUUAGCUUAUAAUUUAAGAUAUUUUGCUUCCUUACUUUCUUUAAUAAUGUAAAUAUCGUCUUAAUGAAUGUAAGUUUAUGAAAAUACAGAUUAAAAUAAGUAAUUAUAUAAACUCAUUUAAUAAAUACUGUUUAAAUAGCGAUCUUCAUGAAGGAUCUAAAAUACUGCCCCGCAAGAAAACAUUUCCGAGUUGAACGUUGGCUCCGAGUUGAAUGUUAGCUAUGCGGUUUCUGAGGCUAAACAGUCAAGUAGGAUCUGAUACACGUUGUUCAACCUCCAAUAAAUGAGCGUCAGGGAUGACAGGGAAGAUAAAAAUAAAGGCAAUCCUUGGGCCAAUCUGACAAUAUUGCUUUACAAUAUAGCAUUACCUUACGUGGUUUGCAACGCUGAGCCUCCAGUUUGCAAACCUACGGUAAGGCUGUCGAGAAAUGCUUGUUUUAAAAAUUCUGAUUGUAGUGAUGUUAAUAUGAUACUCUUUGCGAAAGAAUGUCAUUUACAUUUGAAUUGCAUUACUUUAUAAAAUUUCUGGAUCUGCUCUUAACCAGAGGUAAGAAGAUUACUUAUUUCUCUGGCUUACUAAAUUCAUGCUGUUGUAUUUCCAAAACAAUACCCACAAAGCACAAUAAAACUGCUUAGCAUAAAUGCAUGCUUGUUCCAUAUGCAAAUUUCUUUGUGUUGUAAAAACUAUUCAAAAUAAUCUGAAUCGAUGAAAUUACAUUACCCACAAAGCAAUACCCACAAAGCACAAUAAAACUGCUUAGCAUAAAUGCAUGCUUGUUCCAUAUGCAAAUUUCUUUGUGUUGUAAAAACUAUUCAAAAUAAUCUGAAUCGAUGAAAUUACAUUACCGAAUUUUAUAUUUGAAUAUGUAAAAUGCUACCUGGCUUAAAUUGAGGGAGUUUGUUGUGAAAGUCUUUUUCAAAGAAAACCUCGAUAAUACACAUAUAGCCAGACCAAUUGCUUUGAUUAGCGUCCUCAUCUGACAAGCAGUGUUCAGGGGUCUCAUACACUGGACUUUUGAAGUUUAUGAAAUGUUAACUGUCAAAGACGAAAAUUUCAAAAGCUAGGUUUGAAGACGCCUGUUAUAAAAACAGGCGAAACAUUUUAAUCUCGAAUACGAAAAUUUUAGUUUAAUAAUAAAAAAACAAUAGCCUACCUAUAUUAUCGCCCCAUGUAUGUCCAGAAUGUUCAGUUUAUGAAAUUUAUCCUGCUGGAUAUGCAAAUUUACUUCAAAAAUAAAAAUAAAUUAAUGUAAAUAAAUCACCUGAGUUUUUGCGUUGCUAUGAUUAAGUCAUUCUGUAUAAUAUACGAUACCUCAAUUAUACCUCAAUGAUAUGUUGACUUAUUUAAAGGCCAAUUUAAUGUAUUAAAUACUUUUUGUUGAUUUUUAAGUUGUGUGAUAUUUAGUUUUAUGAUUUUUUUGUAUACUUGAGUAUUAUAUUUUUACAAUAAAAUUUUUUGAUUACUAAAAUU